AUGUAGAAAUAAUUGUAUUCCCACGGCAGAUAAACUUGUGCAGGCUACGUGGACAUCCGGUACACUGGCGACUUGACUGCAGGGUUGCGAAUAGAGUCUGGAUCUCCAAUUCCAAGAAGUGUUUCUUCAACAGUCAAGAUGCCAGAAUACCUCAAAACAAAGAAUGAGUAUGAUCAGGCUCUAAAAGACGCUGGUAACAAGUUGGUGGUAAUAGACUUCACUGCUGCAUGGUGUGGACCCUGCAAAGUUAUCGGCCCCAAGUUUGAGGCUAUGAGUCUUGAAUUCACUGAUGUGAAGUUCUACAAAGUGGAUGUGGAUGACAAUGAUGAGACUGCUGAACACGUAGGAAUUUCAGCUAUGCCCACUUUCAAUUUCUACAAGAACAGCGAAAAGGUAGAUUGGAUCUGUGACAGGAGCCAAUGAGGCCAAAUUGAGAGAAAAGAUAAACGAAUUGAAGUAGCUAGUCUGGAUUUUGAACUAUAAUUAUGGAUCGAUGCAAGCCCUGUACAUAAUUAAAAAGUUGUAUUAUAAUAAUUAUGUAAUAAAAAUUGUUAUAAUUAUAGCAAGGAAAGUUAUAUUACCUUGAA